GGAAAUGCAGACGCAUUUGCGAAUUUUGCAUGCGGUUUAUCAGCUGUUUGUUGUUCCAGAUGAGAUACUGCUAAUUUACUUUUCAAUACUGUUAAAUUCACAUCAAUUACAAAAUGUUGUAUCGAAUGUUGAGCAGUAAAUUGUUACAAAGAGAUGUUCCAAGUCUUAUUCGGAUCUGUAGUUUCCAAUCAGCUACGGUCAGUGAUAUAUUGGAUGGAAAACACAUCGAUGGUAGCAAAAUACACCUGAAGGGCUGGAUCAAAUCUAUUCGUAAGCUGAAAGACAACGCAUUUUGCGACAUCGACGACGGAACGGGCUGUAGGAGGCUUCAGCUUGUAAUCGAUAAGAACUUGCUGCAACAGAUUGGCUAUGAAUCUUCAGUCGACAUUAAGGGAACGUUGGAACGGAAUGCUAAAAGUCAGCUGGAAAUACGGGUUGAGCAGAUUUGCGAGCUAGGUGGCUGCCCACUAAUCCUGGGAUACCCAUUCUAUCCGAAGAAAUCUUAUCCACCGGAUUACAUACGGAAUCAUUUGCAUUUGCGACCGCGUGUUGCUACUGUUGGUUCAGCUUUUCGCGUUCGGCAUCGCGCCACUCAAUGCUUCAACGAAUAUUUAGAUCGUGAGGGGUUUGUACAAAUCCAUACCCCGCUCAUAACAAGCAAUGACUGCGAAGGAGCCGGGGAAGCUUUUCUGGUGAAACCUGCCAACGAAGCUCUGUUGAAGCAGAUGACGAAGAAAAAUGUACCCCUUGAUAAAGGAUAUUUCGAUCGGGAGGCGUAUUUGACUGUUUCAGGUCAGCUGCACUUGGAGGCCAUGUGCCACGGACUAGGAAAAGUAUUUUCAUUUGGACCGACAUUCAGAGCUGAAAACUCCAAAUCUCCAAUACAUCUUAGCGAGUUCUACAUGCUAGAACUAGAAGAAGCGUUUAUGAACUCGAUUGAUGAUCUAGCUGAUAGGAUAGAAUCGAUAAUCAAAACUGUUAGUAAGCGAUUACUGGAUACAGCUUCAGGAGAAGUUGAUGCUGUGAGGAAGCUUACAACCGAAACCAGCCUGGAAGAAUCUUUCCAAUGGUUGAACAAACCCUUUCCGAAAAUAUCUUUCGCAGAAGCCAUCAACAUACUGGAGAAAAAUUCAUCUAAACUGAAAUCUUCAGUUCAACCAGCAGAUGGCAUCAAUAAGGAACAGGAACUUUAUCUAGUCAACUACUUUCAAAGUCCAGUAUUUGUUGUUCGGUGGCCGAAGGAAAUCAAAUCGUUCUACAUGCGACAAUGCCCAGACGAUAGUAAUUUAGUGGAUGCCCUUGAUUUGCUAGUGCCACAUGUCGGUGAGCUUGUCGGCGGAAGUGUUCGUGAAAAUGAUUACGAACGUUUGAAGGCAAAGUUACCGGAUCAGGAAGCUCUCGGGUGGUAUUUGCAGCUGCGACAAUUCGGUUCGGUUCCAACUGCCGGCUUCGGGUUGGGCUUGGAACGAUACCUCUGUUGGAUAUUGAAUGUGCACAACGUUCGUGACGUGAUUCCAUUUCCGCGAUGGGCACAUAACUGUGCUAUGUAAUCUGAGUAGAAAAUUAUCUUUCUAUUAGUUACAAGUUAAAUUGUUACUUUUUCAUUCGAAAUUUCUUUCAAUUAGUUUUUUCUAUAAUUAAUCUAUAUUGUUUAACUAACUCUUUGGUUUGAGUUCGUCUGCCUUCAGUCUUUUUAUCCUAACCGUUCUCAACUAUGUAUGCAAAUAAGAUUUUCUAUCAAAUUGAUAAACAUAUUUCCCUAAUAGUUUUCUUAUCCUAAAGUAAAUAAAAGCAUUCCCAGAUUUAAACGUCUAAUGAUUGUAAGCAUACAAAAUUUCUUAUCUUGUUUACAUUAUUCGAUUUUGAAGCAAUUCGCGUUUCAUAUUGAAAUGAUACAAAAUUUAACCAUAGGUUCCGACAAAAUCCACAUAAAUGCAAAAUGAUACUAGUGGUCUUAAACCAAAACUUCAUCUACCCUUCUAAUACAUUGCGGACCAAUAUAGGAGACAUCUCGUUUGGCUUGACGCGAGCAUACUUCGCUCAGAAGCUUAACUCAAAUGUGAUGUAUUUGAUGAAGGAAUUUUAUUCUACAUAACAUACAUAUUUGUGUACAGCAUUUUUCGAUAACUCAAAGAUACUAAAUUUGUAGAAUUUUGCCCAUUCAUUUCUAAGAUUGAGAAUCCCAAAUUUUGGUGUUUUCGGGCUUAGAUUUCUUCGCGAAUUAAUCAUUAACGGCGUGUUCGUAAAUUGAUUUUUUCUAUCGAAGUGAUUCUUUUUAUCGAUGCUGGCGUUCGUAAAUUAAACAAACUGUAUACAAAAGCAUUGGAAGGUGAUUUGACAUCUACCAAACAAAUCGAUGCAUCACCCAAAACAUCAGUUUACGAACGCGCCGUAAGUGAAACGCAUAUAUAGAACAUAAAAUGAAAUUUGCUUAGGCUCUUGCUUACGACUUACGAUACAUACACAGCCAGAUCUUGUCAGCAUCCCAGGUGAAUAGUAAAACUACAUUUACUAUUCAUCUUAACUCAGCCGGGCCCAUUUUGCAGUAUUGGACGCAGACAAAUGGAGCCAAAGGAAGGAAAAAACGUGGACAACAGAACCAUAAGUUACCAUACAUCGAUGGAACAAAGGAUAAAAAUUUUAAAUUAACUAGCCUUUGAUUUUUAAUAGAAUAAAUAUGCAUAACACAAAUGCAAAAUUUUAGUA